AUGGCUUCCCAGAUCAGUAAAACAGCGUCUUCUUCUUCUUCUUCUUCUAUGUCUCCUACUUCCAUCUCUAAAGAUGAGUAUGAUGUCUUCUUGAGUUUCAGCCGGGAAGACAUCGGCAAAAGUUUUGCUGAUCAUCUAUAUGCAGCUUUGGUUAAAAAAGGGCUUCAUCCCUUUAGAGAAGCUAUUGGAAAACCUGAAAGCAAAGAAGCUAUUUCAUCGGAAUCCUUGAUGGCUAUUGAGAAAUCGAAGGUUUUCAUUGUAAUGUUCUCCAAAAGCUACGCUCAAUCCCGCUAUAAUUUGGAUGAACUUGUCAAAAUCAUGGAGUGCACACAAGCAACGAGAAAAGUAGUUGUUCCAGUUUUCUAUCAUGUGAACCCAUCUGAUGUGCGGAAACAAAAGCGUAGUUAUGAAGAAGCAUUUCACGAUCACGACGCAAAGCAGGAGAAGGAAAAGAUAGACAAUUGGAGGACCGCCUUGACGGAAGCAAGCAAAUUAAAAGGAUAUUAUCAUCUUGAUCAAGACCGGUAUGAGUCAACUAUUAUUAUGCAAAUCACGGAUUCUGUCAUUGACAGAUUGAAACAUGCAGAUAUUGGUGAUGAUAACUUAGUUGGAAUUGAUAGCCGUUUGGAAGAAUUGCACUCAUUGAUAGGCAUUGGAUUUGAUGAUGUUCGCAUGCUUGGAGUAUAUGGAUUUGGUGGAAUUGGAGUGAAAGAUAAAAACCUGAACAAUGUUGAUGAAGGGAUCAAUGAGAUAAAGAAGAGACUGCGACAAAAAAAAGUUCUUAUUAUUGUUGAUGAUGUGGAUCAUUCGAGUCACUUAAAGUACCUGGUUCCAGAUCGAGAUUGCUUGGGUAAGGGAAGUAGAAUUAUUAUAACAACUAGAGAUAAACAUUUACUAUGUGAGUAUGGAGUGGAUGCUAUAUAUGAGGUUCAAGAAUUAGGUUCUGAAGAAUCUAUGCUUCUCUUUAGCCUGUGCGCCUUUAAACGAAGAUUUCCUGAAAAAGGAUAUGUGGAACUUUCAAGAGAAAUAGUUGAUUAUGCCAAUGGUCAUCCCUUAACUCUUAAAGUUUUAGGGCAUUCUCUUUACGAGCCCGGAAAAUGGAGCAGAUUGUGGAGUUCAGAGGAUGUCCAUCAUGUCUUGACUAAAAAUAAGGGGACUAAUGCAGUUGAAGGGAUAUUUGUAAAUAUGCCUACAUCAAAACCGAUAGAGUUUACCACUGAAGCUUUCAAAAUGAUGAAUGGACUUAGAUUACUUAAAGUUCAUCGAGACCUUAAAUGUGGUGUAGUGCAUGUUUCUACCGGCUUUGAAUUUCCUUCUUAUGAGUUAAGAUAUCUUCAUUGGGAUGAAUAUCCUCUGGAGUCUUUACCAUUAAAUUUUCAUGGAGUGAAUCUUAUUGAACUCAAUCUGCAGUAUGGUAAACUGAGAGUACUUUGGAAAGUGAGUAAGCUUCAUGAGAAGUUAAAGGUUAUCAACCUCAGUCACUCUCAGCAGCUCAUUCAAAUCCCAGACUUCUCAGAUACCCCAAAUCUGGAGAGUCUAAUUCUUGAAGGGUGCACAAACCUUGAGAACCUUCCAAGCAGCAUUUGGGACUUGGAUUCUCUUGUAAAUCUUGAUCUCUCUCACUGUUCAAACCUCCAGAAACUUCCAGAGGUCCAGGGGAAUCUAUACUCAUUGGAAUAUUUGAACUUGGCAUUCUGCAAAAAACUUGAGAGCCUUCCAGAGAACCUCUGUAAUUUGAAAUAUCUCAAGACUCUCAAUGUAAUUGGUUGUUCAAAACUUGGCAGAUUGCCCGAGAGCCUGGGAAGCCUGGAAUGUCUGGAGAAGCUUUGUGCAUCAAAUGCAGAUUUGAUUAGCUCUCAAUUUCAUUACUCUUUGGCUGGUUUGUGCUCCUUAAAAAUAUUAGAUGCACAUGGCACCUGCCUAACGAAAGGAGCAAUCAGUAGUGACAUUGGCAGCUUAUACUCAUUGGAAGAAUUAGACCUAAGUUACUGCAAUUUAAUGGAUGGAGGAAUUCCUGAUGAUAUUUUCUGCCUAUACUCAUUAAGAGUAUUAGAUCUAAGUGGAAACCAUUUUCGUAGAGUAACUGAUGCCAUAAGUCAACUUUCUAAGCUAAGAGUGCUUCGGUUAAGGCACUGCAAGAAUCUUGGAGAAAUUUCAGAGCUUCCAUCGAGUCUCAGAGUCCUAGAUGCCCAUGGUUGCACAAGCAUGAAAACUUUAUCAAGUACAUCAUUGUCGCCAUGGCAAAGGCAGUUAAAUUGCUUCAAAUCAGCUGUCUUACAAGAAAUUCAGGAGUUGAAAUACAGUAGUCUUUUGUCUCUUCCAGCAAAUGGUGUCAGCCAGGGAUUUAGUACUUUUAUUCCUGGAAGUGGAGAAGUUCCAGAGUGGAUGUCACACCAGAGUGUCGGCAGUGAAGUAACAGCUGCGCUUCCUCCAAAUUGGUACGACAAUAACGAAGUCUUGGGAUUUGCUUUAUGCUGUGUUUAUAUUCCACAACAGGAUGAACCAGAGAGUAGUACAUCUGAGAAUGCCAUGGUGAAUAUCACGCAACCUUAUCGUUUAAGAUGUAAAUUGACUUUCCUUGAUGGCAUUGGAUUUUUGGAUGAUCUCUUAUAUGGAUCAUCCUGCCAAUGCGACCAUAAUGAUGGUGUAUCAGAUUCAGUGUGGGUAACAUAUUAUUCUAAUCAUGCUAUCAAGAAGAAGUAUCGCUCUGAUGCAUCAAGGCAUUUUAAGGCUUCAUUUAGUGGUUCUGUUGAUGGUAAACCAGUCAAGGUGGAAAAGUGUGGAAUUGGUCUUGUAUACAUCUGAGAUUGACGAGCAUAUACAUGUUGUACCUUUGAAGCCUUGGUAAGUAAUUUUUUCUUUCUGGUUUAAGUUUCCACUGCAAAGGGAUUAAAGUAGCUUAAAUUAUUCUCGAUUAUAUUUUUACAGUUUUAAAUUUUUAGGAU